AUGCCAAAUACCAUGUCCCCCUCCCCUCCCCUGCCCCGCCCUCCCUCUACCUUUUAUAUACAUUCCCAUAUUAAUGUUACUGUUAAUAGUCUACGCCUCUUCAGAAUUCCCGCUAGCUGCUAAAGGCUGAGAAGCAGCUAGGUAGCUGUCGUCAAUUUAAUUCUCAGAUCAGAAGAGCUCAUCGAUCUUCAACUUCUGAUCUGCUUAGCUUGCAGCUUCGAUCAGUUCUUACACAACAAUGGCUGCUGCAAUAGCUAAUCCCUCCAACUCCUUAGCAGCUCUCUUAUUCUCAUCGUCCUCAUCAGCACUGCUUAUAAUAUUCGCCCUCUGCUUCUUCUCUCAUGCUUUUUUUCCCGACGUCCAUGCUCUCAACGUCGGCGUUCAGCUACUUGAUUCCUCCGUCACUCUGAGCAAAGAGUGCAGUAGAAAAUGUGAAUCUGAGUUCUGCUCCGUGCCGCCAUUGUUAAGAUAUGGGAAAUACUGCGGGCUGCUGUACAGCGGAUGCCCAGGGGAGACGCCCUGCGAUGGCCUCGACGCUUGUUGUAUGCAGCAUGACGCCUGCGUCCUCUCCAAGAACAAUGACUAUCUGAGCCAAGAGUGCAGCCAGAAAUUCCUGAACUGCAUGGCCAGUUUCAAGAACUCAGGAGGCCACAGUUUCAAAGGGAACAGCUGCCCAGUUGAGGAGGUUGUGGAUGUCAUCUCCCUCGUCAUGAAAGCUGCUCUCCUUGCUGGAAGAUACCUCCACAAACCCUAGCUACCCUUCCUCUUCAAUUUGCAUUCAAUUAAUUAGUAGCUCAUGCGUUUCUCUUCUUUCAUUAAUGCAAGGAUUAGCCUUCUCGGGACAGUAUUCCGAAAAAUGUUUCGGGAAAAUGCAGGACCAGAUGUGAAUUAGUCGUAGGACUUACAUUCGGUUCCGUGUCGAUCCCGACGAUGUUUUUUGGGAUAUCAUCCAAGAGAGACUAGUAUUUUCGUUUCAUUAGUUACUCUCUAUAUUUGAUUCUUUUGUUUAGUCCAGCCUUUAAUAUUGUUCCUCCAUUAAUUAACUUCUUUGCUUUUUAAUUUGUUUUUCCAAUAUGAGUGUUAUAUUUUUUCGCUCUUAA